AUGGACCGUUCGCAAUCCCUUCCUGAUCUCACCGGCGAGCUCGUCGACAGUGGCUCACUCGAAAUGCUCUCCAUUCUGGGCACUGGAGCUUAUGGCCAGGUCUACAAAGCACUCGAUACCUCCUCGCCACCGGACCAACCUCGAUUUUAUGCCGUCAAAUGUAUGCGUCGACACGAACACAAGUCGCGGGCAGACCGCAUCCAGCGCAACGAGCUGAGACUGCACAAGAUGGCCAGUAGCGGAGCAAAAGUCAUCGCCCUUCAUCGUGUCUUCGCCAGCGAGGAGCUUACCUUCGCCGUUUUGGACUAUAUUCCUGGUGGCGACUUUUUCACUGCACUUGUCGACCGCGAAAUCUUCCGCUACAAGCCUCUUCUCAUCAAACAAGUCUUCCACGAAAUCCUCGAUGCUGUUGAUUUCCUUCACCGCAAUAGUAUCUACCACCGUGACCUCAAGCCUGAAAACAUUCUCUGCGACGAAUCGGGACUCAAUAUUCGACUCGCCGACUUCGGGCUCGCCACACAAAUAGACUUUUCGAAUGAGUUUGGGUGUGGCUCGAGGUUUUACAUGAGUCCUGAGUCGUUGGACCGCACGAACCCCAAAGGAUGUUAUUCUGCACGAUCAAGCGACUUGUGGGCCCUCAGCGUCAUCUUCACCAACCUCAUUUCUGGCCGCCAUCCGUGGUCUUGCGCGCAAAUGGUGGACCCAAACUACGCCAAGUUCCGUGGCAACAACAAUCAUCUCUUUCGAGUAUUGAAGCUCACCCGUGAAGCAAAUGCACUCCUCAAGCGCUGUUUCGAAGAGGACCCGAGACGCAGGCCGACAAUUGCUCAAAUGAGAUCUUCAGUGGACGAAAUACCACGCUUCUCGGUCAACGAUGAACUUCCGUCAGCUACCACUGUCGACGAACAAGCAACUCCACGCGCCACCCAAACUGCAGUCAUGGAAAGCGCCCCAGUCAUGGCGUUCACCGCCUACAAUGUUUCUUGCUCUUCAUCUGCGUCUUCGUCGUUCUCGUUUGUGACAAAAAGGAUGUCGCAAGUUUCGGAGGAUAUCAUGACAAGUACUGAGCCUGAAUCAAGUCCUCCAACAACGCCGUCUUCCUCUUUUUCUUCAGAGAUGCCCAGUCCACUGUCUCCAUCGAGCUCAGUGUCAAAUGCGGCCAUCAAGGCCAAGCUUCAGCCAACGCCAAGGGCGGGAUGUCGGGUCGGUGAGGAAUGA